AAGAGCGGGCAAAAGGCGGGCGGUUGCUGCGGCAAGUGUUGGGGCUGUGCGGUGUCGGGGAGGCAGCAGGAAGACGCACAGUGUGUUUGAGCAGCACCAGGAUGGAGCAGCCCACUGGGAACCUUCCCACCCGGAGAGACGUCAUUCUUUCCGAGUCGUGCUGGGAUCACAUCACCAUAACAAAUCCGUGAGGUGGAAGUGCUGAGAUCUUUGGUGGCUUUAACUGACCCUCAGGAGGGGAAGCUGACUCAGUCUCAAGAGAAAGCACUAAACUCCCUGGGCAUUUGGAAAACUGUAUUUAGAGCUGUUCCUGGGUCUGCAUCAAAGACCGCAGUGGAGUGACAGCUCGAAGAUGGGAGACCAGGAAGGAGGUGAACCUUUUCUGGGGAUAGUGGCUGAUGGUGCCAGAGACUACGAAGGAGCUCUGCCCUCAGACACGGUGUCACUCAGCGAUUCUGACUCUGAUGACUUGGGGCUGGCAGGUGAAGCAGAAGUUGAUACAAUAUCUCCAGAGGAGCCAUCUGUAGAUGAAGGGGAUUUCAGAUUAGGAGACACACCUGGCUCUUCAAACAGCGGUCACAGAUCUCCUGUCCAGCCAUUCCAUCUGAAGGGCAUGAGUUCUACAUUCUCCCUCCGUAGCCAGAACAUUUUUGAUUGCCUGGAAGAGGCAGCCAAGCUGUCUGUGCCCUCAAUGCCUGAUGAUAAUGUUGUUGAUGGGAGGUUUAAGCGUCCAUUGCCUCCGACCACAAUUUCAGGUACCCUGGUCCCAGAAAACAUGGGGAGGCAAGCCAGACCAGUGCAGGCUCCCAGAACCUCUCCUGCAGUGCCUGACUAUGUGGCACACCCAGAGCGCUGGACCAAAUACAGCCUAGAGGGAGUUUCAGAGUCCAGUGAUAAGACUAACAGGGCAGUGGCCAUGGAAUUUCUAGGUGGUUUGAAGAAAAGAGGGGAGCAACAGAGCUCGGCUUCCCAAGAUAGUUAUGCCCCAUCCUUCAACCAGGACCCUUCCAGCUGUGGAGCUGGGAGGAUUGUCUUCACCAAACCAAUUAAAAGAGGUGUUGAUGGACUGGAAAAGAAAAGAUUGACAGGAGAGGAUGAUAAGAAACAGAUGAAGACAGAUCUGAAAGGAAAAUCUCUUAGGAAGACUGAUGACUUGAAGGAAGAAGAUAAGGUUGAGCUGGGGCACUUAGACAGUGACAGUGGAAAAGCAGCAGAGGAGGAAGAGUGUGUGAUGGAAGGGGACCUGAACACAGAAUACAAACCUGAUGCAAGGCUUGGUGAUACAGGUGAGGAGCCAUCGCUGGGACCAGUUGGAUUCCACUGCAGUAAGAAGAAGAGCAGGAAAAACUUCAGACAUAAAGUAGAUGAAGGGGAGGAGGAAGAGUCCUGAAGGUUGAAGCACAUUGGAGACAUCCCAGGACUUGUCUUGUUCUUUUUUUUUUCCUUUUUUUUUUUUCUGGCCUGAAAACCAUGUGAUAGCAUUUUGUCCAACAGCUUGCAUUAUAGCCACCAAGAAUAUUUUAUACUGUUAGAAAUUAAGCUGCCUAAAAUAAAUUCCAGACUUUUGUUUAUGAGAAGUCCAUGGGCACAGGAUAGUUGCAUCCUGGCAGGACAGAAUAAAGUGUGCUUUGUUUGCUUGAAAAGCUCCCUGGAUCUUGCUCUGGAGCUAAAGUAUCCAAAGAAACAGAAGUGUUGGCUAAAAGGCUGCAGGGCUUCCUAGUAACUCCCAGUUUUGAUAUUGUUCCCAAAUCCUGUGGAAUCCUGGAGAAAAGGUGAUGAGCUCAUUAUGUAGAGAUUUUUAAACAAUGAAAAUAAAACCUAGUCUUCCACUGGAUGUGAUUUCUCCUUGCCCCAUCCCAGGAAGGAAAACCCUUUAAUUUUUUUGUUUAAAAACAUCCUUCUCUCAUUGCCAUUGAGGGUGAAAGCACAGCAAUGCCCUGUUACAUGACAUAAUGAUGUGCAUAUUUGUAUGUGCUUUGCAGGAGGUGCUGCUUCCAUAUUGAUUCUGUAUGUGGAUUGGGGUGUUUGUGGAAGUGUUUAUACCAGAACUGGAGACUUUUUUGUUCUAUGCGAUACAAUAAACUUUUCGUUGUAGCUUGAUUUCACCUCUGAACCAUGCUGAGUAAUGCAGCUGUAGAAGUUCUACCAAACAUUUUAUUUGAUUUUAAAACUGUCUUGAAAACCUUUUAAAGUGUUACUCUAACUUCACCAUCUUGUUAACUUCUCCCUCAAGUCUUACAGAUUCUAAACCUCACAUUUUUAACAUUUUCAAUAAUUUUACAAUGUAUAAUCCCCUCAUAGGAUGAGUCAUUUCAUACAAUGAAUCACAUUGUAAGCAAUGUCAAAUAUAGUGGGGUUUUUCCACAGUGCUAGUAAAUUUAAUAAAUAAGGCUGAAAGAUUAAAUUCUUUGAAAGGUUACAUGAUUUGAAACUCAGAUUAGUUCAGGUCAGUUUGAACUGACAUUUUUUUUGUCAGUAUUCUAAAUGAACCAAUCCCAAAGGGUAGUAUUUAUAACUGUGUAGUGAAAUAUUCAUUCUUAAGAGUUUGUGAUGUUUCUUGGUAGAUUGUGCUUGCUCAAACUCUAAAGAGUGUUUGAAGGGGUGACUUCCUCUGGAGGGGGGGAGUCCAUCUUAAAAAUAAUUAACUGGGAGGCCCAAAUCACUUUUCUUUGUGUUUGAACUGAUGCAUCAUUUGGCAGAAGAAGCAGAAAACAGUGUAAAAGAAGCAGUUAUGAUCCAUUUUUCUAAACUCACGUGUUAGUUUUCAGAGCAGAAUGUAUUUUCUCAUGAGCGUGCAGUUGGAUGCACAUAACUUAGUGGGUCGUUGUAAAUACAUUGGUUGUUCCAGUGCAUGGGAGUGGACACACACACAAGUCCAAAUGGAUAGAUU